AUGCCAGGACUCAUCGAUGUACACGUUCAUGCCAUCGGAGGUGGUGGAGAACAAGGUCCGUAUUCUCGAACUGCUGAAAGCCGUUUAUCUCAAUUGAUAAGAGGUGGAUUAACGACGAUUGUUGGAAUACUAGGAACCGAUGGUGUUACGCGAAGUCUGGAACAUAAUGGUCUUUCAACAUGGAUGUGGACUGGCAGUUAUCGUAUUCCAAUCGUUACACUCACUGGAUCUCUUCAACAAGAUUUACUCUUGAUUGAUAAAGUCAUCGGAGCUGGUGAGCUAGCGCUUAGUGAUCAUCGAUCGAGUUGGCCAUCGAAAUCUGAACUUACACAGCUGCUUAGUGAUGUUCGAGUCGCUGGAAUGCUCAGUGGAAAACCAGGUGUAAUUCACUUUCAUAUGGGUUCAGCUUCGACAAAAAUUGAUUUGCUUUGGCAAAUUUUAAACGAAACAGCGAUUCCAAUUCGGCACAUGUAUUUGACUCAUAUGUCAUCACGAGGAGAUGAUCUCAUUGAGGAAGCCAGAAAAUGGAUCAGAGCUGGUGGUAUGUGUGAUUUUACCGCUGAUGCAGAAACCCUCAAUGAAACUGAAACAAUCGAUACACUGAAUAAGUUUCGAGCAGAGAAAUUACCAUUGAAACAAAUUACAGUAUCCAGUGAUGCUUACGGAUCACUUCCUGUAUACGAUUCUUCGGGUCACUUAGUUUCCUAUAGCAUGGGUCUUCCAGAUUCAACUUUAAAAACAAUACAAAAUUUAGUAUUGAAGCACUCAUGGCCUAUCGAAGAAGCAAUUCAAUUCUCAACAUCAAAUGCAGCAACAUAUCUCAAUUUGAAAGGCAAAGGCUUUUUGGCCGAAGGUUAUGAUGCUGAUGUCCUUGUUCUGAAUCAAACGGACUUAACUCCGUUGUAUGUCAUCGGAAGGGGACAAAUAUUGAAAACACCAACAUGGACCAAACAUGACAUGUUCGAAGAUAUUAGUGAAUAA